AUGAAGGUUUUUAUUGCAAUUUUAGCAGUUGUCGCCGCGCAGAAAAAGGACUGGUUUUCCAGAUGUGUGAAACCAACUAACUUCGACCUCGACCUCUCGCGCUACGACGGAACAUGGUUCGAGCAACAUCGCUACCCAGUCUCCUUUGAACCAGAAGCUGCCACAUGCGUCCGCGCUCAAUAUACUCUCGAAGGCAACGCUGUCCGAGUCAACAACUCGAUGAUCAACGAAGACCCGAAGAGCGGGCAAAAGGUGCUUUCUUGGGCUCUCGGUCGCGCGACUGUUCCGAAUGAAGAGAAGAACAACAAGCUGAUUGUCGUCUUCGACAAGAUUCCCUCCAUCGGCCAGUGGUUCAUCAACAAGCUCGGCCCCAACUACUGGGUCAUGGAUACCGACUACGACAAUUACGCCAUUGUGAUGAGCUGCAGCAAUUACGGUUUAUUUACCUCCACGUACUUCUGGCUCCUCGCACGUGACCCGAACUUCCGAUCAACUUCGGCCUACAUCGACAUCAUGGACAACGUGACCACCAACUUCAAGGUCAAGAACUCGGCGCUCAUCACCAUCGACGCCAAUAGCUGCGAUUACGAUGCCAUCGUCGAGUUUUAA